GCAGACUUUUUGCCUGCGUGGUUCGCUGAAAAGGGCACGAUCGCAAGCCGGGCGACAAGUUCCCGCAUCUUUCCCUGCCUGCGGACGCAACAAUCUGGACGUAGAAGUGCAGUGCUCGUCGGACCCUGAAGAGCGAAAGCAAAGUGGAACACGUCGUGUACUCUCCUGAUUUAUUUCCACCUGGCGCGAAUCUUGUUCGUCUUACCGGCCAGAGAGAAGCAUCUUCCACCACCGGAGUCCUUGAUUUUUCUCGUAGCGACGCGGCGGAGCAUCUCUGAGGAGUGUAGAAGUGCUAGCCUCCUGCAAUCAGGGUGGUAGGACCUUUUGAAGCGGCCGCAUCACCUCCGACACGCAGCCCUUAUUCUUCGCAGAAGAAACCGCAAUACCAAUACACCAAGCAACGAACCAAAUCUUAUCUGUCACAACAAUCGCAAGCAAGAAGCAAGUAGACGGCAUGGAUUUUGGAUGCUGGCAGACAACCUGAUAAGCUAGAAUAUUUGUAAAAAUAUAUUACCGAGCUGAGCAGCAGGCGCAGGGAAACCACCUGCUAUAGCAGCUUCCGACUUACGCGACCAGGGACGCCCCUGCAGUUCUGUGUGGAUUGGUCAAAAUAGAGGACGCAAAACGACGAAAGAUCGCGGCCGACCCGCUCCCCGGAAAGAUGGCCGUGAUUCCCAAGCGCAUUGAGAAGGAGACACAGAAGCUGACCACCGAGCUGCCGCCAGGAGUAACGUGCAAGCCAACAGAGGAAAACUACAGGUUCGCUACAAGCGCUUUCUUCAAUGCAAAUACAAGUAGCACAGACAUCAAUGCCGAAGAUCUACUAGAUCGAUAUCCUCUAGCUAUGUUUCUACCAGCUAAAAAUCACAAAAAAGGUACUUCAAAAUAACAAUGGCGGGACCACCAAGCACACCAUACGAAAAUGGAACUUACGGACUGGAGCUCUUUCUCCCAGAACGUACCAAUGUUACUCCUGCUUUUCCUUUUUCUUUCUCGUAUUACAUCAGAGGUAGAGUUUUAGGUGCUGUCUUCUAUCUUCAGCGAUUUCUGCUAUUAUCGUUCUUUGUCUGACCUCCACCAAUGAAUCUGAAAUAAAUGAUAUUAGUAAUCGAUUAUUCCAUCCCCGAAACUUAUUUGCAGACUACCCAAUGGAGCCACCGAAGGUAAGGUUUCUGACCAAGAUCUACCACCCAAAUAUCGACAAGCUCGGGAGGAUUUGCCUCGAUAUUUUGAAAGACAAGUGGACCCCAGCGCUGCAGAUAAGAACGGUGCUCAUCAGUAUCCAGGUAUAACACUUCUUCGUACGGCCGAAACGAAAAUCAUUCUCCAAGUGCAUGGUCGUAAGAAAGCAAAGCCAGUAAAGGGAGACGCAUAAACUUUUGGUUGCGUGGUGCGGAACAUCCAGUAUAAUAGAUAAAACAUUUUUCAUCAUCUUCUGUCUGAAAGCUAUACUCACCAACCUACCCAACGAAACGAAAAAUCCAGGCACUUCUCAGUUGUCCCAAUGCAGACGAUCCCCUCGACCCAACAGUAGCAAAGCACUUCAAGGACAACCAGAAGGAAGCUCUGCAGGUAAGAAAUAGAAUGUUUUACCGAGAAAUAGAGAUGACUCUUUUUUAAUACUCCCUGAUGCUGGUCGAUGCCAGGAACAAAUUGUCCAUGAACGACAAACGCUGCACGUGUCAGGUCGCAACGCAAUGGAACCAGAUAUACGCCCAAGGAGAGCCCCAGAUUUAGCACGAGCGACCCAAGGAAGAUGCGUGGCAAAAGCCAGAAGAACACCUCGCAUGACUGCCAUUUCAAAGAACCACCCAGCGACACAGAUUGAUUUUCAUAUAGACACGAUGCGAUGUUGGAAAGAACGGCACUCGAAGCAGUGCUGAUGACAACAUUUUGACAUUUGCUGAAAUUUCAGACAAAAAUAGUCACUUCACGCGCCUCCAUUGCUAAGGAUGGACCAUCAUACUCCAGUUACGUACGCCGCGAGUGGUUUCACGUGAUACAAGCAAUGGCCGCUAGGGAUUUUGAAGCGGGACAGUAAUUGCGCAUGCGUUCUGCUCCCAAAUGUCCGUUUGUGUUAGUGCCAGGGGCAGUUUUAUUUCCGCUUUUGAUUUCCAUUUCGUCGCAAGUGGAAGUUAAAUCAAG